AGGGUAACUAAGCAAGUGACUAUAUUCGCCACAGAAAAAGCUUAUUUCUGUACAUAUUUUCCAGUGGUUAUUAAAAUAGAUAACUAUUUUCCAGAGAUAGUGUAUAUUUUUAGACUUUUUCUACUCUGUGGUCACAUGCAUAUAUGAAGUCUGUCCUAUCAAGUUGCUUUAAUUUUGCAGUUGGCAUUAAUUAUCUUAAGCGCACGUUUUUAUGACGCAAAGUUGAAAUUUUCACCUCUCUUGUGACCUGAAAUUUCAUAUUUUCUGCCUCAUUUUGCGCUGCCCUUUUCACUUAAACCAAUUUGUGCCCGCGUGAAUUACUUCUGCUAAAGUUACCAUGAACGUUUCCGCUCUUAACUUGUGACGUAAAGUCAUUUUUGCCAAUUUGCCUGCAAAAUAAGAGGAUAUUCUUCUUUGUCUUUGGGUUGUAUUGUGAGUGGAAUUAAUCACUUCUUCUUUCUAUUUGUUCAGCCUCAUUUUAAAUUUCAACCUACCUUUUAAUUUGAACCUCCUUAUUCUUUUUUUUAUCUCUUUUUAACCCCUCCCCCCUUUCCCCUCUCCUGAAUCUUACGCCAUCUACAUUUCAUUGAUCCAAUCCCCACUUUCAAUUCAGAGACGAAGAGGCUCUUUCUAAUUUUUCUUUUAAUCUGAUCUAAAAGGAUUAACUUUGAAGCAACCCUAUAUUCUCGCUUUCUGUUUGAUCUGAAAAUUGAAUGAUUUCCUGCUGGUUUGAUGUCGCGAUAGCAUUUCGUUUCAUUCCUAUAUCACCCCAGUCUUCCAAAUUUAUUUAUCUUGUGCUCCCCAGGCAACAAAAGAUAAAUAAUUGAGUGGCAGUACUUCUAGUUCUGCUUUUUUCCACCCAGCGCGGGUUCCGAAAACAAGUUGUUGCACAAUUAUGAGCCAUGAGCAUCAACGUGUUUCAACCCUCGAAACUUCGGCCAGACGAAUCAACGAUUAUAGUGUUGGACCACCUCGGAGAGAGCCAAAUAUAAUAUUUACGGGAAGAGAAAGUAACCCUGGACUUGAUCACGUGGCGUUGGCUGGACCUUCGCGUAUCACGCCAGAUCAAGAAUUCGUACAUAAUAAUUGGAAUCCGCAAGGUCAAAUGAGUUCAGACCUUAGAAGUUUUGAGAAUAAUGCAAGGUUAUUGGAUCAUAAUUUACCUUUAGUAUCAUCGUCAUCCGCAAAUAGACAAAUCCGUGCAAUCUCUCUGCAAAAUGGUGCUAAUUUAGAAGAACAACCAUCUUCGUCAGCUUCACUUUCAAUUGUUUCGUCCAAUCAGAACCGACUCAGCAGGACAACCAAUCAGGGCACGAGUACUGCGGCCUCUGCGUCUCCGAAUCGGUCAGCGAAUCAGAGUGAAUCGAAUAGAGCGUCUCCCAACCAAACAACGAAUCAGGGAACUACGACUGCAGCUCCAAGAACAGCUCCUGUGAGUUCCACGCUAGCGACAAGUGGGACAACUAGCUCAGCAAAAUUGUCGUGUGCUUACGCGGACGAAUAUGAUCACCCGUUGCGAGAAAACAUAAAGAUCGUUGUCGUUGGCGAUAGUGGUUCGGGUAAAAGCAAACUCGCUUUUUCUCAAGCUUGUAAAAGGACCUUCAGUGAGAAAGAGUUGAACAAGAGUUGUGUGCCGACUAUUUGGGCGAUUGAUCAGUACAAGCACAGACGUGACGUGCAGGAGUUGGCACAGUGCUGCAUUGAUGGGGCGCAUGUUUCUGUAAGGAUUUGGGACACUUUUGGAGACCAUUCAAAGGACAGGAACUUUGCGUAUCAGAAUGCUGACGUGGUGGUGCUGUGCUUCUCGCUUUGUGACCGCAAGUCCAUGCACAACGUCACUGCCAGAUGGCUGGGAGAGAUCCACCACUUCCUCAAAAACAUACCGGUCAUUCUGGCAGGAACUAUGCUGGAUAUGCGGUGGAAAGACCUGAAGAGUCAACACAAGUUCCAGAGUAAGUUCAACAGGAAGAUCCAGGCCUCCGACAUAAUCAAUCCAGACGAGGCCAGGGAUAUGUGCGAGAAUGUGGGGUUGCCCUACUACGAGUGCACGGUACUCACUGGCUACGGAGUCAGCGAUGUUUUCGAGAAUGCAAUCAGAGCCGCUUUAAUACACAAACGCAGUGCAAGGAUGUACACUAUGAACCAUCUGCGAAAAGUUCGGGAACCCUUGCUACAAGCUCCGUGUCUCCCUCCGGAACCACCCUACCCUCAACUACCUCCUGUCGUGCAAUCAACCUACCUGGCAGACCUGUCAUCUUUGGCAAUAUCGGAGGAAACUGCAGAUGUUGUGCUUUGCUGUGGAUCCACUAAGUUGUUCUGUCACAAGUUGCUUCUGGUUCAGAGUUCGGGACUGUUUUCGGUGUUUUUUGAGCAGCAGGCUGUUCUGCAUAGUAUGCUGAAUGAUUUGAGCGACACGGGAGGCGACAGUGACUUGGAUUCGGAACAUAAUGGAGAAAACCGAGACAAUUGUGGAUCAGAAGUGGGCGGUCUGAAAAGAUCGGAGUUGUUUUUGAACGGACUUCCGAUUCUGAAAAUGAACCAUGUGUCUGACUACAUCCUGGACAACCGUCUUCCAAAUAGACACAGAGUAGGCGGAGGAACAACAGGAGGCGAUUUCUUCGAUGACGCCGAGGCAUCAUCUAACUGCGCUCAACAGGUGUGUGUCCAUUCUGGUAUUCCUAAGAACCACGUGUCUCUCCUACUUCACUUUGUGUAUCAUCUUCAGCUGCCCUCCAAAGUGCUCCACUGCUCCAAGUUAGAACUCAUGCAGUCUGCUAAGCUGUUCAAGAUGCAUGACCUUGUGAUCCAUCUGCGCAAUAUGUCCAUGAACUGCGAAAACCACAUCUUCAUCGGAUCCUCUGCAGACUCAACUGGGAAGACAAACACGAGAUCCAAACUCGCAGUGCUUACCAAUCUCGCUCACUACAACAACAGCAGUACUAGUUUGAACAGUUGUUCCUCUUCUUCCGAAAACAAUCUGCCGAAUAUUAUGAACCAAUCAAAUUCGAGUGUGUCUAAGCCAGAUACGGAGAUCGAGAACUUGAUGAAUGUUGGGAGGCGUCAGGAGUUUCUUAGACAGGAGUUCCAAGCGCAACAAUUGAACCAGACAGGCAAUUUUGUCUUCCGAGUGAACGGGGAGAGCAUAUUUGUACACAAAUAUAUUUUGGUGGCAAGGUCAAAGUUCAUGUCUUCGUUGCUGUGCGGAUCCUUCAGGGAGAGUCAAGGUCAUCACCUAGAUGUAUCAGACAUCUCAUCUGAAGCUCUGAAAGUAGUACUUGGAUAUCUCUAUUGCGACCAGCUCAUUCUGAAAGUAUCCCAAAUGGAUAUAUCAGAAUGGUGUGACGUCAUCGAAUUCGCCAACAGACUCUGUCUAGACCGACUGAUUUCAUUAGUGGAGCACGAACUAGUGGCGGAUUUGAACACGAAAACUCAACCGGAAAGCGUGAAAGACUCGAUUCUUCUAAUUGAUAAAUGCAAUUUGUUCAACGCCCACGCGCUGCAUAAGUGGUUGUUCACACAUCUGAGUCACAAUUAUGAUUUCAUGUGCAAAAAUUACAGCUACUUGAAGCAGACGAUGUUGACCGAUGAGACGAAAAAGGAGCUGUUGAGGAAUCGGUGGCCGCCUGUUUGGUACAUAAAAGAGAAGGAUUACUAUGAGAGACGUAAACGGUUGAUGAGUAAGAUUGAAGGCAAUAAACGGCAGAUGAAAAGUGGCAUGGCCAAAUGGUGGAUGUGGCGAAAACUAAACGUGCUUUAAAUCGAGUGUGAAAUCAUUAGUUAGAAUGUCUUGAUUGAAAAGGGUUAAAAUUUCAGACUAGAUGAAAUUCGAACUACUAUUGAACUCAUGUGCUAAAAGUAAAGCAUAAGUUUCGUGUACUCCAAAAGUUGACACAGUAGCCCUUGAAAUUAAACCUACAGAGUUACGCGACUUAAAGUUAAAAACCCUACAGUUCCCUUUGAAAUUUGGACAACUUUUUGAAAAUCCACGAAAUUCUGUCCACUGAAAUUUUGAACAAAUUGUCACACUUUUCUUAAAACGCCUUUUUCUUGUUAUUGGUUACUCCUCUCCGAGGCAUCUGCUAGCCUCAUAGGUUCGAAUUUCAAAUUGUUUGAAGUUUUGACCUUUGCUAAAAGCUUCAUCGAUGCUUCCCCCGAUUAGAUUAGAGUUACUCAUUGUCAGAUAAAUACUGUAGUUUAAAUUGUUGUCUCUAGUUACGUGGUAAUUAUGAAGCUAGAUUGAAUUGAAUGAAAAUUUGAAAUUGAAUGUUACAAUUA